GGCUACUAACUUCUCAUAUAAAACCCUAGCGCCUAUCUCCACACAGUUUCCCUUUCUUCUUGCACUUGAGGGAGAGAGAAAGAGAGAGAGCCAAAAUGUCGAAGCGAGGACGCGGAGGAUCCGCGGGGAACAAGUUCAGGAUGUCGCUGGGUCUUCCGGUGGCGGCAACGGUGAACUGCGCCGAUAACACUGGGGCAAAGAACCUCUACAUCAUUUCGGUGAAGGGGAUCAAGGGUAGGCUCAACAGGCUCCCUUCUGCUUGCGUCGGCGACAUGGUCAUGGCUACUGUCAAGAAGGGUAAACCGGAUCUCAGGAAGAAGGUUAUGCCCGCUGUCAUCGUCCGCCAGCGCAAGCCGUGGCGCAGAAAGGACGGCGUCUACAUGUAUUUCGAAGAUAAUGCUGGGGUCAUUGUGAAUCCUAAAGGUGAAAUGAAAGGAUCUGCUAUCACUGGGCCAAUUGGGAAGGAGUGUGCUGAUCUCUGGCCUAGGAUUGCUAGUGCUGCCAAUGCUAUUGUUUAGCCGACUGAAGUCUGAGUGAAAUGAAUGUUUUGAUUUUAUGUUUUAGGAUUUUGAGCAUGAUGCUAUUGUUUUGGAGACUUGUCAGUUUUAAUUGAUUCUCGGAAUUUUGUAAGAGCCAUAAAGGUAUCUUUUUGGCAAAGACACUAAAUACUUCUUACCGGUAAUUAGCCUUUUUAUGUCUGUGGAUGGCAUGUUUUCGCCCUGUUACGGACGAUUA